AUGGCCACCGGGGAGGAUGAGGACGAUGAUGAAAUGCUUCCUAGACGUCAGCGAGAGAUCAGUGUGUGUCAACAAACCGGGGCCCUGCUAUUAAAGCAUAUACUGGUGAAAUGGAGGAAGAAAAAGCAGAGUUUACAGGAAUUGCUCCUCUCACUACUGAUACCUCUCAUAUUAUAUCUGAAUAUUAUUAGUGGUUGGUACAGGCGAUUCCCUGCAAUACCUUCAGAUGACCUUGGGCGCGUAGAUGAGUUUAAUGCUAACACAUUUGGAGUUCAGUAUACACCAGUGACACAUACUACCACACAAAUAAUGCAGCAUAUGGCUUCUGUUUCCUUUUUGAAGGGUCUACAUAUUUUUGAAAACAACACUGAAGAACAGAGCGCUAAUAUGACCUUCUAUGACACAAUAGAAGUUAACUUUAAUGAUGCUUUUUCUUAUGAGUUAGCUUCCCAUCCUUAUUCUUCAUUCCAUUUGCAAAGGGACAAUAUGGAUCAUCAUUCAGACAGCUGCUCUGGCUCAAUAUUUUAUGACGACGUCACUUGUGCUGUUACUCAACAGUGGACUUCAGGAUUUGUUCCCCUGCAAGCAAACAUUGAUGCUGCUAUCAUUCAAAUUGCAUCAAACCACUCAGUGAUGGAAGAGCUGCGAUCAGUCACUGCUGUACAGAUGAGGCUACCUCCCAUCCGUGUGGCAGAAGGCAUUAACUAUGACUUUUUGGUUGUCUGCACUGCAGUGGCUUUCUCUCCACUCAUAUACUUCAUGUCACUCAAUGUGGCAAAAGAAAGGAGGAAGUUUAAGGAGCUGAUGAAGAUGAUGGCGCUCCAGGAUUUAGCCUUCUGGUUCUCCUGGGGUUUGCUGUAUGCAGGCUAUAUUUUAAUUGUGGCAAUUCUACUGACACUUAUCAUGAAAUCUGAUGAAUUUAUAUACCACACCAGCCAUUCUGUGAUGUUCUUCCUCUUUUACCUUUAUGGCAUCUCUUUGAUGUCACUUGCUUUCUUACUAAGUUCUUUGUUGAAGAAACCUAAGCUCACUGGCAUAGUUGGGUUCCUCUUCAUCCUGUCCUUUGGAAGUCUUGGCCUUGCUGUAUUGUAUAACCAUGUUCCUGAACCUUUGGAAUGGGCUUUAGGUCUCUUCAGUCCUUUUGCUUUCACGGCUGGAUUUGUGCGGAUUGUACAUUUAGAAGACGCUGUGAAAGGGGUGGAUUUUUCUGACUUUUUGGAAGACUCCUUCCCAAUGUUGGCAAUUUUUUUCCUGUUGGCUUUUGAUGCUCUUCUCUAUUUGAUGCUAGCCAUCUACUUUGACAAAGUUUUGCCUGAUAAAUAUGGGAUGCACCAUUCCCGUUUGUUCUUCCUGAAGCCAUCUUAUUGGUUUAAAAAAAGAAAAAAUUGUGUCAACAAUGAUAUCCUAGACCAUGAAGAAUACAGUGACCAGGUCUUUAAUGAUCAUGUUGAACAAGUGCCUCCAGAAUUUCAUGGGAAAGAAGCCAUCAGUAUCAACAAUAUUAAAAAAAUGUAUAAAGAUAAGGACAAGAUAGUGAACGCUUUAAGAGGUUUGUUGCUUAAUGUCUAUGAAGGCCAGAUCACUGCAUUACUUGGUCACAGUGGAGCUGGGAAAAGUACGCUACUGAACAUCCUUAGUGGACUUUGCCCACCUUCAGAAGGCUCUGCCAUGAUCUAUAAAUACAAAGUGUCUGAAAUGGAGGACUUGGAAGAAAUUAGGAAAAUCAUUGGAGUUUGCCCACAAUUUAACAUUCAGUUUGAAGUUUUAACAGUGAAAGAAAAUCUAAGGAUUUUUGCUAAAAUCAAAGGGAUUCGGCUAAAAGAGGUUGAACAAGAGGUCCAAAAUGUUUUGACUAUGUUGAAAAUAAAAGACAUCCAGGACUGCCAAGCUAGCAACUUAAGCGGUGGACAGAAAAGAAAGCUGACCCUUGGAAUUGCCAUUUUAGGAGACCCGCAGGUUUUGAUAUUAGAUGAGCCAACUGCUGGAUUGGAUCUCAGUUCCAGAUACCAUGUAUGGAGCCUACUGAAGGAGCAUAAAGCUAACAGAGUAACCCUGUUCAGUACCCAGUUAACGGAUGAGGCUGAUAUUAUCGCUGACCGGAAAGCUUUUAUCUCCCAUGGGAGGUUAAAGUGUGUUGGCUCGUCUCUCUUUCUGAAGAGAAAAUGGGGAAUCGGUUAUCACUUAAGCCUGCACAUCAAUGACUCUUGUGAUUCUGCAAAAAUGACAUCUCUGGUCCAGCAGCAUAUUCCCAAUGCUAAAUUAUCUGGGCAGAGUCAUGAAGAACUGAUUUACAUGCUGCCCUUUGAAAAUGUGGAUAAGUUCCCUGAACUGUUCUGUGAUCUAGACACUCAUGCGUGCCAGGAGAUUCUGAGUUACGGCAUUUCCAUGACAACCCUGGCUGAUGUGUUCCUGACACUGGAAGAAGAAGCAGCAAUUGAUCAAGCAGAUUAUGGUGUUUUCAGUGAGGAGCAGGCAGAAGAGGAAAGAGACGCCUUCUCUCCGGACGAAUUGGAGCAAAGUCUCCUGUCACUCUCAGACACUGGAAAGGCGACUGUAAGAGGCACAGCCCUCUGGAGACAGCAAGUCUGUGCCCUGGCAAGAAUUCGCUUCUUAAAGCUAAAGCAUGAGAGUCAAACUAUUAGGUCCAUAUUACUGGUGUGUGGUCUUCUUAUACUGCCUUGCCUGAUCUCCAAGAUACUAAUUGGUGGAGGAACUGUUGCCCUUGCGAGGAAGGUUUCACCUCAGAUGUAUUUUCUCCAACCUGGACAGCAGCACUACCGAACACGUCACACCAGCUUAUUGGUUCUUAACGAUACAGGUUCCGACAUUGAGGACUUCAUCCAUGCUGUGAAAAGUCAGAAUAUAAUGUUGGAAGUAGCUAAUGGGAAAAGCAUCUCAGAUGGUCAAGAAUACAAUGGGGCUAUUAAAGUAUCACUUGUAGACAAGCAUUUCAGAUUUUCAAUGAUGUGCCAUGCCAAGAGAAUCAAUUGCUUUCCAGUGCUUAUGAACAUCAUUAGCAAUGCAUUACUAAGAAAUUUAAAUUCCACGAGGCGUAUUCAAGUCUCGACUCGGAUGCUCCCUAUGAUACUAAAUGGGCACGGAUUGAGAUUACUUUGGCAUUCCAUUAUUUUCAUGUCUGUUUUAGCUUCUGGUUUUGCACCUCACUUUGCAAUGAGCAGCAUAGGUGAUUACAAGAUAAAAGCUCACUCCCAGCUGUGGACUUCAGGCAUGCUCCCUUCAGCAUAUUGGUGUGGCCAGGCUCUGGUAGACAUUCCUCUCUGCUGUGUUCUUCUCUUCACAAUGACUGGGAUUAUGUUUUUAAUUAGUUAUCAAGCUAGUCUGACUCCUGGAUUAUUAGCCUUACCUUUGGUUGUGUCUAUAUUUGGCUACGCAGCAUCCAUUGUCGUCCUCACUUAUGUGAUCUCUUUUGCUUUUCGCAAAAGGAAAAGCUACAGUGACCUUUGGGCUUUUAUCUUUAUAUUUGUAAGUAUAUAUGGAUCGGGGGGGGGGGUUUCGUUUGUGCUUAAUGGGAUUUAUUAUAUAACCCAUGUGGACUUCAUCACGACCAUCCUCACUGCCUUGAUUCCUAUCUAUACGUUAGCUGGCUGUAUAAGAAUAAUUGUGCAGGUGUCGUCAGACCAUGAAUUUUUCUCCUGGGCAGAAGAUGAAGAAAUGAUGCUGAGCAGAGUACACUUGCUAGCUAGCCUGGCACCGUACCUGCACUGUAUUAUUUUUAUUUUCAUUCUGCGAUGUCUGGAGUGGAAAUACGGAAGAAAAACUACAAGAGAGGAUCCAAUCUUCAGAAUUUCUCCAAGGAAAGAGAUGUUCCACCAAAACCCUGAAGAGUCUGAAGGGGAAGAUGAAGAUGUUCAAGCUGAAAGAAUGAAAGCCAGGAGCGUGAUGACCUGUCAGAACCAGGAAGAGAGACCAAUCCUUAGCGUGAACAGUCUACGCAAGGAAUACAAAGACAAGAAGGCCAGCUCCAUUUUUAAGAAAAGGAAGAAAGUCGCCACAAAAAAUGUCUCCUUUUGCGUUAAAAAAGGUGAGGUUUUUGGGCUACUUGGACCCAAUGGGGCUGGCAAAAGCACUACUCUAAAGGUGAUCAUUGGAGACACGUCCCUAACUGCUGGACAGGUGGUGAUGAAGGGGGCAGAUGCAGCUGCUUCAGAACCAGAAGAGGACACAACCGACUUUCUAGGGUACUGCCCUCAGGAGAACCCUCUCUGGCCAAAUCUUACUGUUCAGGAACAUCUGGAGGUUUAUGCUGCUGUGAAAGGGAUGACGAAAGAAGAUGCUGCUGUUACUAUCAAACGGGUAGUGAAUGCUCUGAAACUUCAGGAGCAUCUUCAAAAACCAGCCAAGAAACUACCGGCAGGAAUAAGCAGAAAGGUGUGUUUUGCACUGAGCAUGCUGGGCAAGCCAACGCUGGUGCUUUUGGACGAACUGUCAACCGGAAUGGACCCCAUGGGGCAACAUCAUGUGUGGACAGCAGUUCGUGCUGCAUUGAAAAAUAAGAAACAAGGAGUCAUCUUGACAACCCAUUACAUGAAGGAGGCUGAGGCAUUGUGUGACCGAGUGGCCAUCAUGGUGUCUGGAAAGCUCCGCUGUAUAGGCUCCAUUCAGUACCUGAAAAACAAGUUUGGCAAAGGUUACUUGCUGGAAAUUAAAGUGAAGGACCCAGAACAAGUUGAUCUCAUCCAUGCAGAGAUUACACAAAUCUUCCCACUUGCAGCACGUCAGGAACGGUAUUCCUCUUUGAUGGUCUAUAAGAUACCAAUGGAAAAUGUACAGUCUCUGUCCCAGGCCUUUUUCAAUUUGGAGGCAGCUAAACGUACCUUCGACCUGGAGGAAUACAGCCUUUCUCAGUCUACUUUGGAACAGGUGUUCUUAGAGCUUUCAAGAGAGCAGGAGAAAGAGGAUUUUGAUAUGAAUCUGGAUAGUACAGCAGAAUGGAAACUCCUUCAAAAGGAUGAUAAUUAA